UAUCAUACACGCGUCGAUUUGCGAUAAUCUCAUCGAUUACAUGAUCAGGUGCCGAUCCUUCUUUUGCAUCUGUCCACGGCCGGCCAGAAAUGUACACAUCUGAUGCUGCGAUCUUGGAGCUACUCAACAAUGCACAGAAUAAACCUGCACCUAAUGGUAUACCACCACAAGACCAAGGCUACACUCAGGAUUCGCUAGGUUAAUCCUGCGAAGCCCUAUUAUCCCGUUCCCGCUGGCCCUUAUGCUUAUUACCCGGGGGUACCCCCUAUGCCGACGUUGCCCGAUGGCUCUCCUGCGUAUUAUCCGCAGCCCCCCAUGCAGAUGGGUGAAAACGGAGGUUUUGGAAACCUCCCUCCGCCGGAAGUGGCUCGUUUCAUUCCUUGCAGAUACUUUCCUGCUUGUCGUUACGGUUCCUCUUGUCUCUUUGCGCAUCCUCAGGCUGGCCCGUAUUAUUCUGCUCCGCCGCCGCCUCCUGCACAAUAUCCCGCUCCUUACGAUCCAAUGACACAACAACCUUACGCACCUAAUUAUUACGCUGUACCUCCACCUUCAUAUCAUCCACCAAAGUUCAGCCCCGUUCAUACUCCCCCACACCCACCCAUGGUUCACACCAGAUCUGGUUCGGAGGCGAUGUCUCCCGUUCAGGUUCCGUUCAGCCCUUCCGCUGCACCUGCCCCAAUACCAUAUGGCGCUGUAUCACCUGUAUCUCCAUCGUAUUCACAACCUUCUCAUGUACCCCUUCCGCUUUCUAUCCCUUCGCUUCCACCUCCCCACCAGCCACCUAGCGCGCCAGGUCCGCAAUCUCCGCAGACAGUAUAUCCGAAUGGACCUAUUUCUGCACCUCCAUUCGCUGUUCGUCAGGAUCCCAUUGCACCAUAUCAGUCUCACGGCCCACACCACCAGCAUCACCAUGGAUUCAGUGAAGCCAACGGCGGGCCCAAGGCUCCCCCUCACGCUGAGGCCUUUGGCCACGGUCCAGUCUUCCGCCAGGGCGUGAAUCAUAAUCGCCGGGGUAGUAUGAGGCGCGGAUCCUUCGGCGGAAGUCGCAAACCAGCGUGCCUCUUCUAUCCUGCAGGCAGGUGCAGAAAUGGCGAUGACUGCCGUUUCCCUCACGUUCUUCCUGAUGUCACAAAUGCUCAUCCCCCUCAUUUUGCUGGGCGCGGACCACGUCCGAGGGAUGCCGCACGGAACGGUAUCCCUACGAUUGAGGAAAAAAUGGCCAACUUGAACGUCCGAGAUGAUGCCCAGCCUCGCGUCAACGGCACCGCAGCUUCUAGCCGAUCUCAAUCGACAGAUGGUAGUCGCUCAAAGGGUACAAAGCCCAAUGGUCCGUCUCGAGCGGAUAAAAAAUAUGUCGCAAAGCAGAGGGUUCCCAAUGCAGAUGAGUUCCCUGUACUUGGUGGCUCGACGAGUUCGUCGAGAAGUUCCGUCAAUGGAUCGUGCGGUCCGACGGCAGCACAAGUGCUUCAAGCACCUGCGCCUUUCCGGAAAGAGACAACAAAAGACCCAGUCACUCGGGAUGCAUCUCCAGAACAGCAUCCUAUAAAAAACCAGGCUGAAUCAAAGCCUGCUGGGGUCAAUGGCGUGGUCAAUGGCGUACAACCCAAUGGCACGCCUACUACUGUCCCGCCUGCCAAGUUGCCCAUCUCUUUUGCAGCUGCAGCGACUGGCGCCGCUCCUGAAGUUGCAAAGGAGGUGUCUGUCUCCGCGUAA